UCUUCAAAACGGACGGUGUUAGCACGAGGCGAAGAAGUUUUGGCCGACCAAUUAAAGCUUUUAAAGACUGUCACUACAACCAAUUCACUGCUCUCAAGUCUGCGCAUCUCAACCUCUCUCUCUCUGCUGUGCGAGGCGAUGGAGUGUUAGCCGACCAAUUAAAACCUUUGAAGACUCUCAUGACAACCAAUUCACUGCUCUCAACUCUGAGCAUUCGGCGCAUCUCAACCUCUAAUUUGAUUUUCCAAAAUUGCCACACACUGAAAAUUUUAGAGUCUUCAAAGGUUCUAUCCGCCUCAAUGAUACUCAAAACAUUCGGUGCUGUACUGGCACUUGCUGCUACAUGCUAUAGUGCACAGAUACCACUCGGAUACCGCUAUGCAUUCGACGUGAUAAGCAGCACCAUAGCCACUAGUGGAUGGGAGAGAUCAUCAGCCAUCGUCACCGGGCCCACAUUGAUCGAGUCCGACAACAUCUAUCGCAACACCACAUGGAGCAUCGAACUACCACCUCAUCUCCAGGACAUAGUACGAUCGAGCGCUCCAUUCGAGUGGGUAGAAUCUGGCGGCACUGAUAAGGCCACCUACGGAUUCCAUGUCCCGAUCGGCAUUACUGGAUACGUCGCACAGACUACCAAGUGGCAUAUACUCACGGGCUACAUCCGCACCACACUAGCCGGCAAUAUCAUCACCGAGCAACUAAUCACCACCGUCACACCCAAAGUACUAUCAAACGGCGAUCUAGAUGGUGAGGUCACAUUUAUCCCACUCGAAUCGCACUAGUCGCCCACCAGCCAUAGUCAGAUCGCACACACAUAAAAUUGCCGCCCCAAACAACAGCGCUUUAGCACCGAGCACCAAGCAGCCUCGAAGACGUAGUUGGCUAGUGUGCGAAAAGACCAAGGACUUAGUGCGUGCAACGUGUCGUGAAGAAAAAAAAUGUGAAUAUGCACAGUAAGACCGGGGCACCAGAGGCUGUUGGUGGAUAGACAAGGAUCGGCUCGCGGGAUGAGUGGGAAUGACUGAUGAAGAUAAAGAGAUAAAGUGCUUGGGUCGGGGCAGGUGAGAAGCUGAAAAAGGAGCGCUCAAUUGCUUUCUGUU